GGAGAAAAGGCGUUUCAUCCUAACACACAAUCACACUCACAAGAGACCCGCGUAUCACUGAUCGAUUCACGUCCAAAGCCUGUCAAAAGCUGCGGUUCUGCCUGUCGAAGGACUGUGGACACUGCACAGCAUGGAUUAAUUUUUGUUUCUCAGAAACUGAACGCAGACGAGCAAGAAAAACAACAACAAGAACUGGGUGCUACACAGAGUGAUGUCGACAGGCAAGCAGCAAGAUAGUGAGGCAGCAACGCCUCUGUACGUAUAUGAAUCCAAAGUCCACUGUACCAAUAUGAUGUUGUGCCUGGAGGAUCAACGGCAGCAGGGCAUCUUGUGCGAUGUGACUGUACUUGUAGAGGGCAGGGAGCUACGAGCACACAGGGCUGUCCUUGCAGCUUGUAGCCACUACUUCCUGCAAACUCUGCUGAGACACAGCUGGUCACCUGGUGAUGCAGAACUCAUCAUUAGCUUGCCAGACAAGGUGACAGCCAAAGGUUUCGCUCCACUGCUUCAGUUUGCCUACACCGCCAAGCUGGUUUUAAGUCAGGAAAACAUCCAUGAAGUAAUUGUGUGCGCGGACGUCCUAGGUAUCCAUAAUUUGGAGGACUCUUGCUUCCGGUUCCUUCAAGCCCAGCUUAAGAAUGACAGCCAACCUAACCAUAAUGGCACGGUGGAAUACGAUGAUCAUAUCACAACAGAGAAUCUAAUCUUUUCAGAGGAAAUAUCCUGUGAUGAUUCUGCAGACAUAAGGCAGCAGGACAGUCAUGUUCUUGCUGACCUGCCGCAGUGUCCAAAAUAUAAGAAAUAUCAGGAUGCAGUUUGUGACAACAAGCACAAUGUAGAGAACCAUCAUAUUAGCAAUGACAUCAUCUUGGUUAACCAUACCUCAAUUAGCCCUCUGAGCUCACACUUCACCGACAGUAGCGCUGUUCCGCAAACACGUCUUACUCCCUCCAGGAUCAAAGAAGAACCCUGUUUAUUUGAGGAAGAAGGAGAUGAAAGGAAUGACAGCAACUCAGACUUGUGUACUGAGGAGGUAUUGGAGAUGGAGUUAGAGGUAGAAGGGGUUCCAGUAGAAGAUGUGCAAUCUUCCAGCCCAGUAUCAUACUCUUCCUGUUUGCAUUCAUACCUCCAGAGAGGUGGUCUCAGCAGCAUGCCAAGCACCACCAUUCAGCAGCUACUAAGCAACCAACUGUCUCUCAACCAUUACAAAGAACUGGUCAUACAGAGACCACAAACCAAGAGGGAAUCUCUGGAUGAAGCUGACCUCAACACUGGCAUUGCCAAUGUGAUACCAGCAGCACUUACUGGUAUAAGUAGAAACCUUGAAAAUUCGGUGUCUAAGCAUGAAGGGAAGCUGGACAGACGCAGUGUCAUUUUCUCUUCUGUGCCUAUCAAGCAACAUAUGCUGUCCCAUACCUAUGUUGAUGAGGCCAUCUCAACCUUGAUGCAGGAGGAAUCCCUUCCCUCUAGUCAGUCAUUCCUUAUUGCCAGCUGCCCCGUUUCAACGAAAACAUCAGUGGACUCUCCUACUACUUCUAAAUCAUGCAACCAGAUUUCCAGCCCCCGUGCCUCAUACUCUUACCCAGAGGAUGCAACCAUUGGUAGCUCAUCUUCUACUUCGUCCCAGUUUGACUUUUCCUCAUCGUCACAGUCAGGCUCAAUUUCUGGACUUCCUCACUGCCUGGCUGGGAUGGUGGAGCACAGGAAUCCCCACAAUGAAGUAGUCCUCACUCAAGAUUGCACAAAGAUUAAAUCUGAAAAGACAUUCAGUGCUAGUGGUGGGAACUCCAGUGAUGAAUCAGGCUCUUUCUCAGAGGGAGACAGUGAAAGUGGCACCUCUCGAAUCUCUGGACCUGAGGUGAAGCUGCCUUUUCCUGUGGACCAGAUCACCAACUUGCCACGCAAUGACUUCCAGAUUCUCAUCAAGAUGCAUAAACUGAACUCAGAACAGCUGGAAUUCAUCCAUGACAUCCGCAGGCGCAGCAAAAAUCGCAUUGCUGCCCAGCGCUGUCGCAAGAGGAAGCUAGACUGCAUCCAGAACCUGGAGAGCGAGAUUUACAAACUGGUACGUGAGAAGGAGAAGCUGCUUAGCGAGCGAAACAGGCUGAAGGUUUGUAUGUCCGAGCUGUUGCAGAACCUCUCGUUCCUCUCCCAGCAAGUGUGUAGGGAGGUGCAAGGCAGCCAGCCAUCACCCAACUUUGCCAGCAUUGAUCUCACAUCCAACCCCUCAUCACCUUCAACUGAGGACGGGUCUGUCCUACCCACGUCACCUGUGACCCAACAAAGUGAGGUUGCUUGUACAUCUAAUUUGAAUGCCAAUCAGGAGGGGUUAGAGGACAGGCAGCCCGCAGAGGAGAUGUUGCCUCUGAGGCAGGAGGAUCCUGAGCUUUCACUAGUGCUUGAAUCUACUGACGAAGUAUGUAGCCCCACUGUAACAGUGGAUUUCUGUCAGGAGAUGACUGUGAAAUGCACAACAGAAGAACACAACAGACAAGACUGUGCUUAGAGUUUGGGGCUAAAUGACACAAUCUGUGCAUACUUUGAUAUUUAAAGCAUUUGUUUCUUUUCUGGUUUUUUAAAUGAAUGAUACCAGUAUUGUCUUUCAAUAUUGUUCAGCAGGUAUUUUUUGGACUGGUAUAAAAUAAAAGCACUGGCAGCUUUCUCUCUCUUUCUGUGCUCCAUUGGAUUCUCUUCUUCUCUCAUGCAUCGUGGGAGGCUAAACUCAGGAAUUCUCCAGAAUGUACAGUAAUAUGCUUGUUAACAUAAACCUGAACUUUACUUUGCAGUCCUGUCUAAUCUUGACAGUUAUGUGCAAAAUGAUUUGUGGUAAAUGUUUGGAUAUAUUGUAAGUCAGUUUUCAUUUUGAACCACUAAAAUGUAGAAAAGUUUAGUUUACUAUUAUUAUUUCUAUUAAUGUUAUUUAUAUAAAGUAGUUUUAAGCUGUUUUGAAUAUGCACCCAUUUUACUUCAGUCUGCUGAUGCUCCUCUAGUUAUUUUACCAUGAAUUGGAAUUUGUUUAAAAAAUAUUCUAAUAUCUAUAUUUUAAGGAAUCCCACCUUUACUUAUGGCUGGGGCAUGACCAAGAUGACAUAAAUCCACACUAAAACCACUGAAGCCAUUUUUAGAGAUCUUUUUGGUGUUUGGGUUAAACAAUGGAGCUAUAAUUGGACAAGUCUGAAUGUUUUUAAUUUUAGUGAGAGCUCAGCUAGGCCAUGCUGACUCUACUGGAUAUUUUUGCAUGGGUAUCCACACUCUCUUGCAAACCAUGGCACCUUAGACAGAUAAUGAAAUUAAUGAUACAAAUAUUCUAUCUAAAUGUUGUAAUCAACAAUUGGCUAAUUGGCCUGAAAAAGAAAAACAUACGUAUCUCUCAAACUAUUGAAGUAAAUCUGAUAAAACAGUUUAGGCUUGACUCUAUAAAUUGAUGCAGUAACUGUUAAGUGAUGCAGGACUUUAAAGUAAAAUGUUACCAAAGUUCUGUAUUUAUAAAAUUUCACAUUGGGAGAAAAACAAAUAAAUGAGCUGUCAUACGCAUUUAGCAUUUCUUAUGUCAGACUUGAUCUUUACUUUUUUGUGUAUUUUUUUUAAAAUCUUCUUCUUCUGUGUUUUUUUAAAUGAUUCUACUAAAGAGGCAGAGAUACAUACAGUCAAAGCACUGUCGAGUACAUCUGAGGGCGAAGAUGUGGCAUUGGUUACAUGCUUUGUGACUUUAGCACUAAAAUUAAGUAUGAAGCCAACUAAGUGGUUUCCAAUAGAUGGUUUCCAUACGGGUUACUUUAUAUUUCUCCUGAAGAUUUUUAAAAUGUUUUCUCACUUGGUCUUUCUAAUAUGAGUUUAGUAUAAAAAUCAGAAUGCAAAAACUGUAAAAGUAAGCUUGGCACAUCCUUGUCAAAACUGCAUGGUGGUCAAACUGGGUUUGGGGUUUCUAGAGAGACCUGUUUCACUUGAUCCUGACAAAAACUAAAAUGAAGUAUUAAUUGCUGGCCCUUCUUUAACAAAGCUUACAAAGAAAUUACUGCAUUUGAUUAUAAAGCAUAUAACUCAAAACCGUUACUACUGCAUAUAAGAAUAUUUGAAUAUUGCAAAAAAAAAAAUCCUAUAAAAAACAUCAACUUCCAUAUAUUCUGUAUUCAUUACAUUCAAAACAUUUGAAAAUCAGAAGUCAUAAAAAAAUAAUGUUGAGCUUGAGUAAAAUAGUAUAAAUAGAUAAAUAAAUAUCCACUUGGAAACUUGGGAGAGCUUCACAGAGAGUGUACUGAGGCUGUACUGGUGCAUCAAAAGCACCGUGCACAGAUGUUGCUCCUUUUAUAAAUUCACCAUUUAAUUAAAGACAAUGUCAGAAGCAUCUUAGCAGAGCUAAGGUAAAAAGCAAAGGAGCUGGUCUGUUUCUCAGUGGUCCAAAGUCAUAUUUUCAGAUGAAAGCAAAUUUUGUAUUUCAUUUGAAAAUCAAGUCGAGUCUAGAGGAAGAGUGGAGAGCAACAGAAUCCAAGGUGUCCAAUGAGAAGUUUCGAAAGUUUGUGAUGAUUUGAGGUAACACGCUGUCAGCUGGUUUUGGUCAUGGUUGUUUCACAGUCACACUAAAGUCCAACGGGAGUGUAGCUGUCUACCAGGAGACACCUAAUGCUUCCAUCUGCUGACAAGCUUCAUGCAGAAUGGAUUUCCUUUUAUAUCCAGAUUGGUAGGAAACUCCUACCAAAUAGUUUGCUGACCAUGUUAUUACUGUGAACUAGUCCCUCACUUCAAUAUUGCCAUAGACACUGUUAAAAAAUGAUCAUCUUAUAUGGAUCAUUUCUACAGAGAUGUUUUUGUUGUUUGUUUAUCUGGAUUCUUCUCUUUGGGAAUUUGGCCAGGAAAGAUUGGUGAUUCCAAAGAAGCUCCUCCCAAAUGGUUUGCUGACCAUGUUAUCACUAUUACCACUGUGUUUGAUUAGCCCCAGAAAAUUAGGCUUUAAAUUAGGCUAGGCAUUUCUCUCGAUUGCAACAUGCUAACAAUGAGAAGUCACUGUUUUUGCUGGAAUUUAAACUUUAGUAAAUCUCAGAUGUUGACAUGUGAAAUUAUAAAAUAAUCAAAUAAUCAUUGGCUUUGUCUGAGAGAGGUCAUAAUGUCUUGGAUCAUUGGGAUACAUUAACCAUUAUAAUGGGUUUAAAAUUCAGUUAUACUGGUACGAUCUGUAACCGACAGUUUAAAAGACCAGUACAUAGAGUCUAUUUGUGGAACUGGAUAAUAGAAUUUAUAACUUUCCAUGCUCAGAAGGAGAA